AGCCCCAGACCGGCUUCAGAACAGCCCCCAAUUUUGGCGGUCCACCAUGACCCCUCGACGGCAGCGGCGCGCGCUGGCGCUAGUGGUCAUUGGGGCGAUAGCUCAGCUCUUGCUUGCGCCUGCUUUUGUGUCAGGCCGACUCCCGACAUCCUCAAAUUUCUUUGCAUUGCGGUCGAAGGCUGAGGCAGAGCAGUUCACGGGCAACUUGGGCGGUGCACGAAGCGAGAGGACAUCGAAAACAGCACGGCGGCUCUUUGGUCUUGGCACCUCCGAACUACUGGUGAUACUGGGCGCCGCGAUCCUCUUCUUCGGGCCAGAUGCUUUGAAAAGCGUGGCAAAAGAAGCUGGCAAGGCUGCUGGAGAUCUGAAGGAGGUGCCCAAGGCCUUUGAAGAGGGCAUGAGUGAAACCGACAAGGCGAAUACAGUCAAAGAGUGAGGAGCCAAAGAAAGAAGAGAAGAAAGAGGAGAAGAAGGCCAAAGAUACAGAGGAAGAAAAGAAGCCUUGAGACAGUUCAAUGCGGUUCCCAGCUGAGAUCACAAAUUUCUUUAAGGACUGGCAGCAGCUUCUUUGCAAAAUUGCAAGCCAAAUCGUCCGACAGAAAACGCUUGGAAACACAGACUGUGGCUGUUUUGUUUUGCUUCUUAGGCUCGAAAUCCGAAGCUGCACUGAACAGCUCGGUUCGUUUCGAGCUGUGACUGCCGCAGUUCAUCGCCUCCCAGAGGUGAAGCGAUGGACGCAUGAGUUCCGGCAAUGAAGUGAUGGCCAAGAAAUGAACCA